AUGACGGUCAGCCAUCGCAAGAACAAGCCCACGCCCAAAUCCGAGGACGGCUCCACCUCGGCCGCCGCCGAACCGGGCGUUCGCUACCACUGCGAUGCUUGCGGUGCCGACAUCACCCUGACCGUAAGGAUACGAUGCGCAGGCGGCUGCACCGACUUUGACCUCUGCGCUUCCUGCUUCUGCUCGGGUGCGCAACCAGGCAAGCACAAGGCAUGGCACGACUACCGUGUCGUGGAGCAGCACUCGUAUCCCAUCUUUUGCGACGACUGGGGCGCAGACGAGGAGCUUCUCCUCAUCGAUGGAUGCCAGACCUAUGGGCUUGGCAACUGGGCCGACAUUGCAGACCACAUUGGUAACCGCUCCAAAGAGGAGGUGCAGGAACACUACAUCAGCGUCUAUGUCGAAGGCCGCGAUGGCAGUCAACGUGGAGACCAGCGAGCAGAGCAGGCAUUGCAGCGAUACAACCAAGUCGCAAAGCCAGUAUUUGACCCGCUCGUCGACGGCGAAGGAACGGGCAGCCGUGUUGCGUGCCAGCUCUCCACAGAAGAACCGCCCGUCGUUGGGCCGUCCAUGUCGUUCACGCCCUCAAUAUCGCAAGAUGAGUUCCAACGGCGCAAGAGGCGGCGUGUUGAAACGCUGCGCGAAGCACAGGCUUCCUACUCGCCACCCAAGUCGGCCAAGCCGCUCGUCAGUGCCCCCACCAAUCAUAGCGAGCUGGGGGGUUUCAUGCCCGGUCGACUCGAAUUCGAGCACGAAUACGAGCAGGAGGCGGAGCAUCUCAUCAAGGACAUCGAAUUCGGCCGCGUCUACGAGUUUGGCGGCGCCGACAUGCCAUCAGAGUGGGAAGCGUUGGGCAGCAAAGCGACGCAAGGCCAUGCAAGAAUGGAAGCAAGUGGUCGAGGUGGACCCACCAGCAAAAAGGCGACGCAAAAUGCAGAAGACGACAAGGAAGCAAAUGCAGAUGAGGAAGCCGACGAACAGCAGUCGGCAGCCGAUGCCAAGGAUAAGGAUAAGGACAAGGACAAGGAUGCCGAACCUGAAGACAAGCCGUUCGACUGGGACGAGGAUCCCACCGACCUUCAUCUCAAGCUCACGGUAAUUGACAUGUACAACGAACGUCUCGAUCGACGUUUGCGGCGCAAGCACUUCAUGUUUGAACGCAAUCUCGUCGACUACCGCCGGAACCAAGCAGCAGAGCGACGUCGGCCCAAGGAGGAGAGGGAGCUGCUUUCGAGAACCAAGCACUUCGCGCAGAUGCAGACCGCGCUCGACUAUGAGGAUUUCCUCAACGGCCUCUGCUACGAAGAGGCACUGCGCAAGGCAGCCGCGCAGUUGCAGCACUAUCGCAAGAUGGGCAUCCUCACAUUGGACGAUGCCAGCGCCUACGAACAGGAGAAAGCAGAGCGAGCGCGCAAGGCGGCGGAACUGGCGGCGGGUGGACUCGCAGCGUUCCCAGCGUCGGGUGCAGCAGCAACGCCAAUCGCGGCGUCUGCCAGGCCUCGUAUUGAUUCAGCACGUGCACGACAGCGUGAUACGAGCACGCCAACGCCCAUGGAGGAGACGCUGGCAGCCCAAGCAGCAGCAGCGUCAGCCGGGACGCCAGCUUCGGCGGCCAACGGCAAGGACAGCAAAAAGGACAAGGACGCCAAAGACAAGGACGCCAAGGCGGACAAGGAAGGCAAGGGCAAGAAAGGCGGCAGUGGCGGCGACGAGCCCAAGACGCCGCGCAAACCACCGCAGCCACUCAACCUCGCCAAAGCGCCUUCACUCAACCUGCUCACACCGGCCGAGGCGCAGCUGUGCUCGGCGUUGCGCAUCCUGCCGCAGCCUUUCUUGCUGAUCAAGUCGACGCUCAUUGCCGAGUUUAUCGCGCGGGGCGGCAAGCUGACGCGACGCGAGUGCCGCACCUUGGUCAAGAUCGACGUCAACAAGCUGGGCAAGGUGUGGGAUUUCUUCAACGAGAUGGGCUAUUUCGACGCUGCGCGCGAGGCGGGUUGGACUGGAGGCAUUGGAUCGCCGCCGCGAAGCAAAGACAAGCAGGUCAAGAAACCUGACUGGCUGGAUGGAAACAUGGCCAUGUCGGCGAGCUAUUCGUUCGCGCCUUCUACUGUUGGUAUGAAUGGUGUCAAUGAAAGCGCAGGCAUGGUGAACGGCGCUUCGGUAGACAACGUUAAUGGUGCCACCACCGGUGGUGGUUUGUUCGGGAGGGCAUUUGGGACCCAUUCCUCGCAAGUGACCGGCAACGUCGGCGGGCUAUUCGAUUUAGCUCAUUCGAGCAGCGGUGUCACAUCGGCACAGCACCAGCAAGCGCUUCUGAACCACAACGGGCGUGGUGCACCGCUGGUCUCGACUCCAAGCACGGCGAAUGGCGUUCACGCGAUCAGUCCCAGCAACAACAACGGCGGGGUUACAGGCGGUGCCUCGUCGACUAUGACCUCGGGGAGAGCUGCUUCGCAAAGCCCAAGCAAGGCCGAAAAGUACCGUCCAACUGCUGCUGUCUAG